AUGAAGAGGGUCACAUCCUUCAAGGCGCAGUACCGGCAAGCCCCGGUGCGCGCUGUAACUCCUCCGCCGCCCGCAUGGGAGCCGCUGUCGCCCGUCCUGCGCCCGUCGGAUCCCUCUGCAGUGCGCCCCGCGCAACCACUCCCGCCGCACUCCCUGCCACUGGGAUCGCCCAUUGGGGUCCUCGCGGACGCCGCUGUAUCGUCGCAGCGCCCCUCCGCAGCUUAUGUUGAGCCCCCGCGCCGCGCUUUCCAUGCUGGCAGUGCGCCCUCGACCGGCCUGCAACCCACCAGCGAACGCGCGCCAAAACACGCCUUUGCAACAGGGCACACACACUCGAACCACGAGCGGCCGGCAAAGCGAGCGCGCUCCGAAUACCACACGUCUCCACCAUAUGGCCAGCCGCAAUCGCGGCCAGCCACCAGCCACAUUCCGGGCUACAACGUAGAGCACAUGGUGGACAGCGGCAUGCGCAUGUACCAGGACAGCCGAGCGAAUGCACCACCACAGAUGAAUGGCGGGGGUGACAAGAUGCUGUCUGACGCCGAGUUGCUGCUGUUCUUCUCCAAUGUCUCCGCGCACACUGCACAAACGCCGCCAUCAACAGCAAAGCGCUGGAGCGUUUCGCAGCCAUCGCCGCCCGAGCUGCCUCUCCAGCAAGCACCGCAAAUGCACGCUUCUCUAAGCCCUCGCGCUGCCGUCACACACACCAUCAGCGAUCAAACCCUGCAUCAACACGGCCCUUUAGACGUUAAGCCGCCAACAGAGCUGCCUCCCUUUCCCUCCGAUACUCCCAACGCCACAUCCACUUCGCAGACGCGGACGCCUCCCGCAGAAGCUGUUGUGAAUCCAGUAGCGCAACCCUCGAUGCCCGAGGUUGCGCCCGCGGAGGAACCGAAACCUAAGAAGCAACAGGGCGGGCCCAAGGGCAGGUCAAGAGGAACGCGCAACACUCCCUCGACCGGUAAGAGGAAAAGGUCGACCCCAAAGCCAAAGAACGCCCCGUCCGCGAGCACCUCUGCUGUUCCGGAUCAACUGCAAUCACCUCAAAGUCUCCCCGCUGAUCAGUCUCUUGUCAUGGCGAACGUAGUAUCCCAAACCAACCAACAGUCGCAUCUGCCAAACUCGCACAACCGGCGCCACUCCUUCUCCACUCCCAGUUCUCUUCACCCCAGCGACGCCGCGCCAUCACUGUCUUUUCGCGCGCAGUCCGUCCCUUUAGGCGGCGAGCAGGUCCUGUCGGCUCCAGCGGCUGACCUACGCCAGCCUGCCAAGAAAACAGCUGUUGAGCAGCCAGAUCUCAUAUGCGCCGCAUGCAAGUCAACCGAGUCGGAGAUCAAAGUUGGCGACGGUGAGCAGUGGAUUGGCUGCGAUGGGUGCAAGGAAUGGUACCACUACGCAUGCGCAGGCUUCAACAGUGAAAGAGAGGUGCGGGACGUCAACAAGUUCUACUGCGACCCGUGUAGACCCAAGUUUGGUGAAACAACGAAGGUUCGCAAGUCCGUCAGAGCCCACACGACGGUUGACUACGCCGGUCUCAAUGAAGGUGUCCUCAAGACUUCCGACGAUAACCCCGAGCAUCACUACAUCGCCGCUUUCAAGAAUGGAGAUUUAGAGUUCACUCCCGAGACCUUCGCUCGGAUGCCGCCAGAGAUGGUGACAGCCGAUUUUCUCCACAAGAGCAACGGCUUUAGGGAACCGAUACUGGUGCCCGGUGCACUCAAUAGUCAGCAGACCGCUGAACAUACGACGGAAUCGGUCGCUCAGUUCGACUACGAAACUACCGCGGAUGUAGGGCAGGACAAGCUGGACAUGGUCAUACCAGAAGGGCUCACUGUCCGCCGCGUCGCUGAACUAUACGGCGCAAACGAACUAGUUCCAGUCAUCGACGUCAAAGCACAGGAAGGCGAAGGGAAAAAGUGGACAAUGAGUAAAUGGGCAGAUUACUACGAACAACAAGGCGAAAAACCCGUGCGCAAUGUCAUCAGCCUGGAAGUAUCACGGAGUCGGCUGGGCAAGCUGAUCCGCCGGCCCAAGGCUGUAAGAGACAUGGACCUGCAGGACUCUGUUUGGCGAGAGGACGACAAGAGCGCUCCGCCACCAGUACAAUUCUACUGCUUGAUGUCUGUGGCGGACUGCUUUACCGACUUCCACAUCGAUUUUGGCGGUUCGUCGGUAUACUACCACAUCGUCAAGGGAAGAAAGGUCUUCUUCUUCAUUCCACCAACGAAACAAAAUCUGAAGAAGUACGAAGACUGGUGCCUUUCUCCAAACCAGGGACACGAUUGGCUCGGAAAGCAGGUCAAAGAGUGUUAUCGCGUGGACCUGUAUCCUGGAGAUACAAUGCUUAUUCCUUCUGGCUGGAUUCAUGCGGUCUGGACACCAGAGGACAGCCUUGUCAUUGGCGGCAACUUCCUCACCCGUAUCCACUAUGGCAUGCAGAUCAAGAUCCUGGAGAUCGAGAAGAACACCAAGGUUGCCCUGCAGUUCCGGUACCCAUUCUUCCAGAAGAUAAUGUGGUUGACUGUGAUUAAGUACCUCGAAGAAGAUCCUGUGCCUGACUCUGUAAGGCAGUACCUCGAAAGUGGAGAGCAGUUCAAACGUCCUAUCCCGAUCUAUUGCGAGCCCGACAAGUUCGGCCACAACUCUGAUCUUGGCUCGACGAAUUACAAUAGGCGCUACUACUCCAAGCACGAGCUGGAAGGGCUUACGGACUUGCUCAACUACAUAUGGCGGACAGUUCUGAUCUCUCUCGACAAGAUCGACGUACCACAAAAGACCCGAGGCGCCGUUACCAGAUCGAUCCCGAAAGGUCACGGUGACCCGCUUGCCCUGGCGAAGCGAUUCGCGAUAUGGAUCGCGUGGAAACGAGGGAAUGAGACGAUACCAUCAUGGGCGAUGCCUGACGCUAAUCUGCCGGAAACAGCCGAGGCUGGGGAAAAGAAGCUCAGUGCUGCGCAGGUGAAAAAAAUGGAACGGGAUUCACUUCAUGAAGCUCUCCGAGCUACAGCGGAAAGGUCCUCUGCUCGCAUACGAGCCCCGCCGCCCCAACCAGUACGCGAACCUUCACCUGUAAAUUAUGAUUCGCCACCGCCGGACGGAGUCGAAGACGUCCUUCAAUUCGACAUGACGCCAGUCUCAGCGGGUCCGCUCACCGGUUUCUUGCGCCCUUCCGCAAACAAUCCACACAUCACCACUCCAAAGACGUCUCAACUCGGCCCCAAGCGAGUCGCAUGCGAUGCGUGUAGGAAAAGGCGCAUCAGGUGCAAACACAAAGACGAACUCAUCGACACGUCGAAACCGGGUAUGCAUACCAUUGACCUCUCUGGCUCUUAUGGUAUUUCGGUCAAACGCCGCUUGAGCGACCACUCGAUUGCGGACGGACAAACAAGCGUGACUAGUGGCCCUGUGAAUGGUGGGCCGAUUAUGGCGGACGUGAACGGUGAUCCAUAUGCUCUCAAGUCUGGCAGGGUGAAGGCUUGUGCCGACUGUCGCAAAAGCAAGCGCCGGUGCAUACACGAUGAGUACGGCAAUGUCGACAUUAUCAAGGCCAACGAAGUACCUAUUCCUCGAGGGUCCGCAUCAAAGCGGCGACGCGUCAGUGAUGAGAAUUCCAACUCAAGCACAAAGAGGAAGAAGCACGGGUCUAGCUUUGAAGACGACUACAUGAACGGAGACAUGCACGCGCGUCACUCUCUUCCGAACCAAUUUAGUGUUGGCUCGUCGCUCCUUCAGGAUAUUGCUUUCUCGGCUCAGCAGGCGCUGGCUCGGGACGAAGAUGACUUGGUUCCUGUCGACCCAGCACUGCAGGCCUACGCCAACGGCGCAUACUCUGCGAUGGAAAUGGCGCCAUCCUACGCAAGCAAUGGGAAUGGUAUCAUGUCUUCCAUUGAGCAGCAGGCAGAGGGCGACAUGCAGAUGAGCGGCAGCGAAUAUGCAACACAGAAUGGCGGGUUGCACGGUCCCAGCAUCGAGCCACUUACACUGGGCCCUCCACCUCACAACGACACUGCUCAUGCGCAAAGCAACGGCUACACGGCGCCUGAUCCUUUACACGUCAAGACCAACGGUUUCGCACACCGACCCUCCCACAACAACGCCGUACGACGCCCUUCGUCUCCAGUAUCUCCUCGCCAAAUGUCCGCAAUCUCACCAGGCAUGUACAACCACAACGCGUACAUGACGUCACCCUCAAUGAACCACAACCACAAUAACCACGACUACAACUUCACCACCGACUCGGACUUUCCACCUCCACCCACCACACCCGCUGCCAAGACACACGCUCCAACCAACAAGACACCGCGCGCCAGCAAAACUCCGAAAUCGACGCCGUGUAAUCGCCACGCGGAGGGCAUCAAGCUUGAAGCUGGAAUCGGCGUGGGCAUGAUGAUGGACGUGGACAUGAUUGACCCCAGUCUCGAUCAAGCGAGUAUCGAUCUCAUCAAGCAGCUGCAGCAGGAAGAUCUCGGGUUGCGGAGACGGAGUCGCUAG